AAUCAGAGAGUCCACCCACUCUGCCCAUUGUCUCCUCUUCCUCUUCCAGAGCUGGUUCACUUCCUAUAGGGACUGAAAACCAAGUGAGGAGAUGAUGGUUUGCACUGUGCUACACCACAGAAGAAGGACAGGAUAGACCUUGCAAACAGAGGUUGAUCAUCACCCAAGGAACAGCUGCAAAGCAGAUAGAUACUGACCACUACCUAAGGAACAACUGUGGAAAGGCAUUCAGUUCCUUCAUAGCGUUGCCCAACACAGAAGGCUAGGCAGUGAAACAUCAUCUAGAAAUCUGAAGGGUCGGGUGGACUUUGACACAUCAUCAGAUCUGAAACUGGUCAGUGGUGAGCAGCUUUCUAUUCGAACCAAGCUUGCUGAAGGUUGGGCUGUGGGUGAUUGGUCAGGGUCAGGCUGGGAAGAAGUGUGAGUGACCUCAAGUGUGGAGAGAGCUUCAGUCAUUCAUCGAACCUCAUGAACCACUGACUCACUCCUGCAUGUGAGAAGCUGUUCCCAAGUGAGGAAGACUCCACAGGCUGAUCAGAUCUCUGACCAGACAAGCUUCCUCCGUUAUUCAUACAAACUGACCAGACAAGCUUCCUUCGUUAUUCAUACAAAGUUAGCAACAUGGAAGGAAAACCAUUUAAGUGUGAGGUGUGCAAUAAAUCGUUCUCCCAUUCGUCUUACUUUCGCAUACAUCAACGCAUUCACACGGGAGAGAAACCAUUUGAGUGUGGGGAAUGCAAAAAAUCGUUUGUCCAGUCGUCAUACCUCCGCAGACACCAACGCAGUCACACUGGGGAGAAACCAUUCACGUGUGAGGUGUGUAACAGAGGAUUCUCCGAACUAUCAAGCCUCGUGAAUCACCGACGUAUUCACACAGGAGAGAAACCAUUCAUGUGUGAGGUGUGUGACAAAUCAUUCUCGAGGUUAUCAAAUCUCCUUGCACACCAACGCACUCAUACAGGGGAGAAACCAUUCAAAUGUGAGGUGUGUAACAGAGGAUUCACAGAACUCUCAAGCCUCAUGAAUCACCGACGCAUUCACACAGGAGAGAAGCCAUUCACUUGCGAGGUGUGUGAUAAAUCAUUCUCGACAUCAUCAAACUUCCUUGCACAUCAACGCACUCAUACAGGGGAGAAGCCAUUCAAAUGUGAGGUUUGCAAUCAAGCUUUUGUGAAAGCAUCCAAUCUCCUGAUACACCAGAGAAUUCACACAGGGGAGAGACCUUUCAAGUGUGUGGUUUGUAACCAAUCCUUUUUGAAAUCUGGGAACCUUCGUGUCCACCAACGCAUGCACACAGGGGAAAGACCAUUCAAGUGUAAAGUGUGUAACAGGGACUUUGCGCAGUCAUCGGCUCUUGUAGGUCACUACCGCCUUCACACAGGUGAGAAGCCAUUCAGGUGUGAGGUGUGUGACAGAUCAUUCGCAAGAUCAUCAACGCUGCGCACCCACCAACGCAUUCACACUGGGGAGAAGCCGUUCAUGUGUGAGGUAUGUGACAAAUCCUUCUCGAGGUCAUCACAGCUUCUGCUGCAUCAGAGGAUUCACACAGGAGAGAAACCCUUUAAAUGCGAGGUGUGUGACAAGGCUUUCACACUGGCAUCGACACUCGGGAAUCACCGACACAGUCACGUUGGAGAGACGCCGUUCGGAUGUGACGUCUGAGAAGACUCUUUCCUGAAGUCGUCACACCCUGUGUGUGUACCAGUGCAUUCACACAGAUGGGAAACCAUUCAGGUGCAAUAUUUGUGAUGCAGUUUUCACCCUCUCCUCCGUUCUCCCAAAUCAGCAGCGGAUCCACAUGGGAAAAGCAAUUCAAAUGUGAAGCAUGUGACAAGUCAUUCUCUUACUCAUCAACAGACCGCGUGUUCACAUGGGAUAGAUGAUCAUGGCUGCGUAUGCUGCGAAUCUUCCCUUCUGGGAGGCAAUGGCCAAGUGAAAUUAUUGCUGGACACCCAGCUAGAAACCCAGCUAAUGUUCUGGGGACCUGGAUUUAAAACCCACCAUGACAGAUGGUGGAAUUUGAAUUCAAUAAAAAUCUGGAAUUAAGAAUCUAA